AUGGAUAUGGAUGCUCCUGUCCUCUGGGAAGAUAUGGAGAAUGCUGUGACAGCAGUAAUCGCCGAGUCGUGUAAGAGUGGUCCGUGUCAGAAUGGUGGCACAUGUGUGGAUGGUCUGGACAGGUACGACUGUGUCUGUGGAAGCGGCUGGACUGGGAAAAACUGUGAUGUGGAUGUGCAAGCUCCAGUGGUUGACCAGUGUCCUCCUAGUGUUCGUUUGACUACUUCAUCUCGUGAGAUGACCUACACAUGGACAAUUCCAGUCUUCUCUGAUCCCCAUGGCAACCUUGUGAAAACAUUCUCUGAUUAUGACAGUAACACUUUCACCUUCCCCUGGGGAGACUUCACCGUCCUCUAUACUGCAGUGAAACCUAGCAACGGCCUUGAGACGAACUGCAGCUUCACAGUCAGCGUUAGACCCAAACCGUGUCCACCCACUGUUGCCCCGAGCAACGGUUACGUCCUGUGUAACGGAUGGAGAGCAGACUAUGGGCAGUACUGUCUAGUUGGGUGCAACGCGAAGUACUCUCUCCCACGCAGUUUUGACGCGAGACAGUGGCUAGUGUGUGGCGCAAGUGGACACUGGGCUCCAGAUUCUAUUCCAUUACGAUGCAAAGUCGGAGAUGCAGGUGACCAUGCUGUGGUAAAGCCUGGAGACUGUCUCAGCGGGACUCACAAACAAAAGGAAGACUACAUCCAUGCUCUCAAACGGUCGUCUUUCAACUCUGUGUGCACUGACAACCAUACUAUCUGCUCCCCUGACAAUGUCAAUGUUGUAUGCGGGGCAUAGAUGGUGGGCAUAUACGAAUGUAACAAUCAGACAAAUCCAUUUUCUGACUAUCGU